AUGGCCCAAAAGGCUCUUGUCUUGGAUCCUAUCAGUCAAAAUUCCUUGACUGAUGAGGUCCACAACAUGAUUUUUCUGCAGUAUGCAGGUAAAUGGUAUGCUCUGGCCAAGAAAGACCCAGAAGGAUUGUUUCUACAGGAUAAUAUCUCAGCUGAAUACACCAUUGAGGAGGAUGGGACUAUGACUGCAUCUUCCAAAGGCAGGAUGAAGCUUUUUGGAUUCUGGAUGGUCUGUGCUGAUAUGGCUGCUCAGUAUUCGGUACCUGACCCCACUACACCAGCCAAGAUGUUCAUGAAUUAUCAAGGGCUGGCAAGCUAUUUGUCAAGUGGAGGUGAUAAUUACUGGGUGAUUGACACAGAUUACGAUAACUAUGCCAUCACUUAUGCCUGCCGCACUCUGAAAGAGGAUGGAUCCUGUGAUGAUGGCUAUUCCCUUGUUUUCUCCCGCAACCCUCGGGGCCUUCCCCCUGCCAUUCAGAAAAUUGUGCAGCAGAAGCAAGAGGAAAUCUGCCUGACUGGCCUGUUCCAGCCUGUGCUACAGUCAGGUAUGUGGAAAGGCCCAAUGGCUCCAGUCAUAAAUUUGACUUCUUUGGGGCAACAGGAAGCACUGAUCUAUCAGAAGACCAAAUUUGAUAUUGUCUAUGAAAAGGAAGAAUGUGGGAAGAUUGUUUCAGUCUAG